AUGUCAUUCUCCACUAAGCAUACGCUUUUGUCCCUAUACUUUGACCAUAUACAGCCGAUUUUCCCAAUGUUUCGGAGACCAGCCUUGUAUCACGGCCUCUUGAACAGCCAUGUCCCCGAUGAUCUUCUUGUCGCCAUGUUUGCCAUCGCGUGUCGUUUCCUGCCCCCCGAAAAAUGCAGUCUUUUCUUUGGCCAUGCAACUGCCCCCUGGGAGCAAUUCUCUCGGCUAGCUCAUCAAAAAUCUCGGGAAAAUGCAGAUAAAGAAGGCAAUCGGCCUGUGACUCUCGAUGCCGUGAAAACAGCCUGUCUCCUGGCGCUGUAUGAGUAUACAUCCACACCUAGCCGCCAGGCUUGGGUAUUGGUUGGCAAUGCGAUGCGCUUGGCCCUCAUGGCCCAACUACACCAGGUAGAUUGCGCCAACGGCCCUGAUAAUCUGUCAGCGGCAGAAAAGGAAGAGCGUCGGUUUGUCUGGUGGACUAUAUGGAGACUCGACUGCACCAUCAACGUCACCACGGUGACGCCGUUCAGCAUCGACCCACGGUUGAUAGGUACAGCGCUGGUCUCCACCACGAUUCCCGACUUCACGGCCGGGGUGGUUGAUGCUACACGCAACAAGAUUUCCGAGAUGGAUCCAGUCAGGUCGUGGACUUCUGUUCAGGGCCCGCAGGUUCAAGACACGGGCGACGGAUUCAAUACGCAUCUAUUCGCGGUCUCGUUGCUGAGGGCUGUAUCGGAAUGCCAUCAAAGGCUAAACACGAGGGUCAAUGCUGAAGAUAUCCAGUAUAUUUCGAGCUUGGAGGAAAUAUUCACCGCUCUAGAUGUCAUCUUUCCAGGUUCAUUCUUUGCGCCUGCCAAAUCGCCGACCGAGGAGUCUCACACGCAUCGACUCCGGCUAGAGACGAUCAUAAUGCUGAACACCGCCCGCCUCAUUCUAAACGAGCCCGUCGGCCAGCUAACCACGAAAGUUCCCGACAAUCCGAGCAAUUCUCUGGUUUCUCUCGGAGGCUGGCGCGAUAGCCUAGGAUAUGCGGAAGACAUCGCCAACGUUUUCAACUACUGGCCGUCUGACUACUUUGCCGUCUCGGACCCUAUCAUCAGUUGUGCCAUUUGGCAUGCCUACUGCGGGCUAAUGAUGCUGGAGAUGUCUGGACUCAAAAAUUCAGGUGCAGAUCUACCAAAUAUGCCCGAGACCAAUGCGCUCGAGGGUUUGAGCGUUUCGCUCAAUAGUUUCACGCCCUGGUGGCCUAUUGCUCGGGUGCUUCAAGACUCCCUGCAAGAACUCCGAGCAUGGAGCUGGGCUAAACUAGACUCCCGGCGGUUGAUCGGUCUGAUUUCACACGUCCGAAAGGCAUUCAGUCCGUUUACCAGGCAGCCUGGCAGAGUAGAUGUGUCAAUACUGUGUGAUUCACUCGUGGAGGACUUGACCAUGUCUGUGAUGUAA